AUGAUGUGGGGUAAACUGGCGAGAGCCUUGACUUAAGCUAUUGGAAAAUAUGAUUGGAACAAAUAUUUGCUAAAACAUUAUUGUAUUCCUUCAGGGUUUUGUUGGGUCAUAUUUUCUUAUCUUGCUCAAUCCAUAUAGGAGUAUGGCUACUCAAGGCUGGGGCAGACUGAACACAGACACACAGGAGACAGGAGUAGGGGAAAAAAGUGCACUUUUAAUUCAAAAUAGGUGGGAAAGGGGAAGGUGAGGGAGGUGAAGGAAGAAGUUGUUGAAAUCUUCCCAGCAUGGGGAGCGGCGAACUGGCCGGUGCAGCAUUGAAGCGGGCCCCAGGGAUCAUGGAGCUGGUCUUGGGUGCCGGCUCAGGGCACAGGAUAGCCAGAGAAACGACUGCUAAAGUGUAGUUCACCGGAAGAUGUGAUUUAUUAAGGGGCCUGCUGUUAGCUUCAGUUAGGGAGGCAAACAUAGGAAAACUCAUGAAUAUGUGAGGUUUUAUGCUCACUGCCUUGUGGUUUUCUGUUGUUUAUGCUUUUUUCCAGUGUUUGAUUGUGUCAAAGUUCUUGAUGUUGCUAUAUUUUUUAAAGGCUACAGGAGAAGACCACAGUGGGUUCCACUCCUUUCAAUAUUUCAAUUUUAAAAAAUCAUUGUUUAUUGUUUAUUUUAUUUCCAAAUGUCCCGGAGAAGUGGCAGCCACAGCCAAAAUUCUAUGAGAAGAUUCUGUUCCCAGCAAUCGUUAAUUGCAUAAUAAUAACUUUACUCUGAUAGGCAGUGCCACAAGAUAUAUAACAAUGCCAAGUGCAUUUGCAUAAAUAUGAACAAUGCAAAUUUUACCUAGAAUAGUAUUUGAGUUUUCUGAGAUCUCAGACUGAGAUGGUUAUGGUACAAGCAAAUGAAAGAAUGCGAGAAGUAGAGCAAAGCACUGCUGAAGACUUGAGUGAAAGAGGUCAAUGGAGCAAUAAAGUGGAGUUUCUCUUGACUGUAACAGGAAAUAUGGUUGGUCUGGGCAACCUCUGGAGAUUCCCAUACCUGUGUUUCAAAAAUGGAGGAGGUAAAGAUUUGAUGGAAGACAAAGUGAUUGCAUUAAAUACAUCUAAGCAGAUAUGUUUUAUUGAAUUAUCUCCUGUGAAGAUUGUUAGAAUAUUUUUUCUUUGUGUAGGUGCAUUUUUGAUACCUUACAUUCUGUUUGCUGUGACAUGCGGCGUACCACUCUUUGUCCUGGACAUUUGUAUCGGCCAGUACACAAAGCAGAGUGCAGCAACAUCCUGGGGAAGACUCUGUCCGUUAGCAGAAGGUUUGGGUCAUGGAGGCUAUAUAUUUGCACUGUAUACCUGCAUUAGCUACAAUAUUGUUCUGGCCUGGGCUCUUUUCUACCUCAUCGCAUCUUUCAGCUCCCUGUUACCAUGGAUCGGUUGUGGUAAUCUCUGGAACACAGUGAACUGUGUAGAGCUUGUGUCAAACCAGAGCAAUAUGGCUAUCAACAGGACUCAAGGAAAUUUGAGUAUUUCUGCUGUCAUCGAAUUUUGGGAGUAUGUUCAUGGGAAUACCAUUUUAAAGAUAAUUAUAUUUCCAUCUAUUUCCCUAACUGUUCCUCUGUUGAUCUCCAGGGGGCGAGUGCUGAAUAUCUCUCCAGGUAUUGAGGUACUGGGUAAAUUGAACUGGGAGCUUUUUUUCUGUUUACUUGCUACUUGGGUGGCCUGUUACUUCUGCACCUGGAAAGGGGUCAAAUCAACUGGAAAGGCAGUGUAUUUUACAGCCAUCUUUCCAUAUGUAAUGCUGUUAGUGCUGCUGUUAAGAGGUCUAACUUUACCUGGUGCGCUGCAGGGUAUCAAGUAUUACCUGUAUCCUCAACCCUCACGCCUCACAGACCCACAGGUUUGGAUUGACGCCGCAACACAGAUUUUCUUCUCAUACAGUUUGGCAUCAGGUGUCCAAAUUGUACUUGGAAGUUACAGUCAUUACAAAAACAAUAGCUAUAGGGACAGCAUUUGGCUGUGUGUGGUUAAUAGCGGUACUAGUUUUGCAGCUGGAUUUGUGGUCUUUUCUGUCCUUGGCUUCAUGGCAGAGAAGCUGGGUGCUGAUAUUGAAGAUGUAGCACUGCCAGGUCCAGGUCUGGCGUUUAUAACCUACCCUCAAGCAGUGGCCAUGAUGCCUCUGCCACAACUGUGGUCAGCGUGCUUCUUUAUUAUGUUUAUUUUAUUGGUCCUGGAUUCCCAGUUUGUUGGAAUUGAGCUGUUCAUGUCAUCAAUCAUUGACAUAUUCCCCAAUGUGCUGCGAAGGCCCUACAAGAGGGAGCUCUUCCUGUUAUUCUUCUGCACUGCCUGCUUCUGCUUUCAGAUUCUUUUAACAACUCAGGGAGGAGUCUACAUCUUCCAGCUAAUUGAUUAUUAUGGGUUUAAUGGUGCUUGUUACUUCCUCAUGUGUCUGAUUGAAACUCUAGUAAUUGGAUGGAGUUUUGGAGCUGAUCGCAUGUCUGACAUCAUUGAGGACAUGUGUGAUAAGCGACCCAGUGCAUUCUUCAAAUACUGCUGGUGUUAUUUCACACCAUUGAUGUGUCUUGGAUCUUUCAUUUUUUACCUGGCAAGAUAUACACCCCUCAUGUAUAACAGUGUUUACAUAUAUCCAGACUGGGCUUAUAUUCUUGGAUGGCUCAUGAGCUCAUUUCCCCCAGUGCUGGUCAUAACAUGGGGUGUGGUGAAGCUAGUUACUCACUCAGGGACACUAAAACAGAGUUUUAAAAGUCUAUGUACUCCAGAUGACAAACUUCCUUUGACACGAAAGCAAAGAGCACAGCUGCAGAGGAAUGAGACUCCAAUGACAGGAAUUUGAUGACCACAUAUUGAUCCAAAAAAAACUUACAAUUAUUCAUAUAAAAAUAUUAUUCAUAUUUGUAAUAUUAUUAUAAUAUAUAAUACACUAAGUCAAACAUUCAUUGACCAUUUAUCUACCCUUUCCUUACACUCAUUAGAAAUCUUAGCUUGUAGACCUUCAUUGAAGAUCAAUCCAUGAUGCAUUACUAUUGACUGUAGACCAUGUGUUGCUACACACAAUUUGUCAGUUCCCUUCUACCCUCUCCAUCAAUAGAAUGGAAGGUACACCAAUAUUAACUGGCAAAUAAAUGAUUGUACCUGCUCAAAUACAUAACCCUAUGUCUUUAAUUAUAUUUCUCUGUCUAUGUUGGUGUAACGCAACUGUCUUAGGUGGGACUCAAACCCAGAGCUCCCAAGUACAAAGUCACUGAGUUUCCUGGCAGAGCAGAGGCAGAGAUAAUCCACAAUAAAGUCUUUACUGACAAAAAGAGCAACAAUAAAGGGGAAAAGUAUAAAAUAUGUAUACAAAAAAAAAGAGAGACACAGGGGACCAAUAACCAUGAACUACACAGACUUCACUUGCAGCAGGCAACAAUUAACAUUGGUUCAAGACUAAACAAUGAAGCUUAGUCCAAGACUGUUUAAAUAGAGGAAAACCCAGGUGUAACAAAUCAGGCCUAAUGAGUAGCAGAGUUCAGCAUGAUUCUGGAGAGAGGCACCCCCUGCCAACCAGGAGGGGCAUCGCAGUCCAGUGAGGAGUUCUUACAGAAGUCUCCCCUCUAGGAAUGGCUUCUGAUGUUCCCUCGAUGGAGUCUUUGGGUGUGGUGAAAGGCUGUAAUGAGUGUCAGGUCCAGAAUGUCUCGAGCAGGCACCCAUGAGCGCACCUCUGGGCUGUAACCCUCCCACUCGACCAGAUACUGCAUCUUCCCAUGGGCAU